AUGGCCGAACCAGCAUAUUCAGCCGUCGCUGAGACGAGGCGCAUUUUGGAUUUCGUUCUCAGCAGCGUUGAGGUUCCUUCUGAAGCAGAGAGAAUAUCAAAAAAUGUAUCAUUCACUUCUUCGCGAAACUCGCCGUACUUUCCGAUUCCUUUCAAGGAGACCGAGCUGGCUUCAGCUUUGAAGGCGAUCGAAGGCGGUGUGGCUGGUGCCCUCGCGGCUACGAAGUACGGAGACGGCCAGCGGAGAGUCACCGUGAGCCUGGAAAAGAGUACCGCAUUCCUAAUACAGGCUUAUCUGGCAACUGUUGGGGGAUUUGGGAAGUUGGAUCGAGAGGCAAAGAAGUUUCUGAAGGAUACGGACUUGCUUCAUGCCCAGUCGGAUCCUUAUCGGCGCAUGUCAGCCAACCUGUAUGAGACAAAGAGGCCUGGAGAGUACUACCAUAUCCAUGGAUCUCUUGAAGCAUCAACAACGCUUCGCAUGAUUGGGCUCGACCCAUUCAGACCAGAUCUCAAGGACCACAAGGCGAUUGUCAAUGCGAUUGAGUCUCACGUCAAGAACUUCACCGUCGACGAGCUGGAGAAGAUGAACGCUGAAAAGCGCCAGGCCGGCGUGCCAGUGCUCAAGCAUGAAGACUUCAUCAGGACCCCUCAUGGGAUGGUGAACAACAAACUUCCUCCUUGGAGUGUCGAUAAUCUUGAGAACACAACUGCACCAAGUCCUCUCCCCAAUAAGCCUGACAAGCGCAUUCUGUCGGGGGUGAAAGUCCUCGAGUUGUGCCGUAUUAUCGCUGGUCCGGUUAUCGGACGCAUUCUGGCUGAGUACGGAGCGGAUGUGCUCAAGAUCACAAGUCCCAACCUCAGCGACGUACCUUUCUUCCAGGUCGACGGCAACAUGGGCAAGCAUGCCGCAGACCUCGACCUCAAGACACCGGAAGGCAGAAGUCGGUUCGAGGCCUUGUUAGCAGAAGCCGAUGUUGUUCUUGACGGAUACCGACCCGGGGCCCUAGAAAAGCUUGGUUAUGGCCCGACUGCUCUCACCAAGCUAGCACAGGACCGCGGGAAGGGUAUCGUGUACGUCAAUGAGAACUGCUUUGGAUACCAAGGCGAAUGGGCUUCGCGUCCUGGAUGGCAACAGAUCGCGGAUUGUGUCAGUGGCGUGGCGUGGGAGCAGGGCCGAUUCAUGGGUCUGGACGAGCCCGUUGUUCCUCCCUUCCCCAUAUCGGAUUAUGGUACCGGUUGCAUGGGCGCGAUCGCGGCGUUGACCGGACUCUACCACAGGGCUACGCAAGGUGGCUCGUGGCACGGGAAAGUGUCUCUCUUGCAGUAUGACCUGCUUCUCAUCAAAGUUGGACAGUACCCGGAGGACAUCAAACGUGAUCUAUUGAGAUUAGCGGGCGAAGACUUCAAGGCUCUGAGACAUAGUCACAGCGUGGAUCAGAUCUCCGGGACAGCGCUGCAGGCGAUGAGGCGCUAUGCUCCCGUGCUGUUCAACUCGGAGGGUAUCCGGGAGAAGUGGUUUGCCAAGGGAUACAACACAGAAGUAGAAGCUGUUCGGCCAGUGGUGGAAAUCGAGGGUAUCGACAUUGGUUUCAAGAGAGGCAGCAGGCCCAACGGUACGGAUGAAGCAAGCUGGGACUUCGGGCCGGAGGAUGACCACCUGAUAGUAGAAGGUUGUACGAAUGGCGUUACCAAAGGUUGA